AUCAUCAACGGCCGGCCAACGCUUCGGAUUGAUUGAUUACUACGAAAGUAAACGAGCUUUAACUCAGAUUAUGGACGGUGUAAACAAACGGGCGUAGUUUUGAAGCGGCAUUCGCUCCCUCCCUUACAACAACGAAAAUAAAUAACAAAAACAAAAGAGAAAUUGGUUUUGGCACUUCAGUUGUGUAAAAUUGUUAUUCUGAACGCAUCGCGGAAAAAAAACAGUACGAAACUAUACGGCUCCCUGCCAACCAGCCUGCCGGUUAAGCUCUGUCACAUUUUACGGCUGACUUUGGAAACCGAAACAAAGAAAAAUCUCUAGUUACAAAUAAAAGCGGAGCUUGUUUGCCUUUUACAUCAAAUCCAAUCAAAAUAAAUGAGGUUUCGAAUUCGGUUUCGAGUAUUGGAGAAAUGUCUGUGUGUUUUCCUUUGUUUCAAUUAUGAAAAUAAAUAAGGUUUUGAAAGUCCAGUGAAUAAUAAUAAUUGCAGUUCUAAGAAAUCGUGUGUGUUUAACAUUGAUUUUUAACGUGACAAAAUAUUGUAAAACAGAUUUCUUUUCAAAACUUAAUUGAUUCAAUCUUAGCGGUGUCAUAAUGAAAAUUUCAAUAAUUUUAUUUCUCCGAAUCGCUUUUGUGUUGGGUUUUGUAAAUUUCAAAUACGAUCCCAUAGUUAUCACGAAAGCUGAAUUGGAUGCUGUUAAAUCCAUAAGUGAAAAUGAGUGGCUUGAUUUUGUACGACGCGGCAUAGAAUCAGAUAACCAAGAAAAAAGCUUGGAAUUAAAUCUCUUCAAUGCAAAUGUCACAGUACAAAAUGGUACAAUAUCACAUGCUCAACUUUUGGACACAUUGCCGAAUGAAGAAGCGUUGCGAGACAGUGAGGUGGCCGAUAAGAUUCUCAAAACAUCGCUAUAUAUUUACAAUAGCAAAUGUGCACCAAAUGGACUAUCGGGAGAGCGAUGUGAAGUGAUUCUCAGUGACAAAGAUUUACCACAAAGCAGCGACCUUAGGAUGGAAUGUGAAAGAGUUGUAGAAAACAGACGCGAUGCUCAUUAUCCAUUUCGACGAUUACUGCCACGUCACUACACCGAUGGAUUUUAUAAUAUGUAUUCGGAGAACUUACCCAAACCUUUGAGCAUUAGCAAGGAACUGUGUGAAAAUGCCAUUGAAAAGAAGCCCGUCGGCAGAAAUGAUCUAACCUUGGCUGUGGUGCAAUGGGCCCAAUUUGUUUCCUCGGAUUUGAGUAAAACUGUUGUGACAUCGAUGAGUAAUGGAGCCCCAAUUGAAUGCUGCAGCAAUCAAAACUAUCGAAUACAACCACGUCAUUAUCAUCCUGCAUGUGCUCCUCUAUUAAGGGAGAACUCAAAUAAUCGCUAUGGCGUGGCAACUUGUUUGAAUUAUGUUCGCAGUGCUUUAGCGGUGGGAAAUAGUUGUACUUUUGGAGCUCCAGAACAGCUCAAUCAAGCUACCGCCACUUUGGACAUGUCACCUCUUUAUGGGUUUACCGAAUCAGCACGACGUCGGGUACGACUUUUUAAAAAUGGCUUGUUAAAAUCGACCAAUGAGGAGCGGGUUGGUGAAUCUUUACUGCCCCUGGUAACAACAGAGGCUCAUCAUUUUUGUGCCCACCGACAGAACAAUAGUACGACCUGUUUUAUGUCCGGUGAUUCCAGAGUGAAUAGCAAUCCAUUCAGCAUUACCCUGUACACGAUAUUUAUGCGUAACCAUAACCACUUGGCUAUGGAGCUGAAAAAAGCCCACCCACAAUGGAAUGAUGAGAAAUUAUUCCAAUAUGCCAAGACCAUAAAUAUCGAUACAUAUCAAAAGAUUGUGUUCAAGGAAUGGUUAGUUAAGGUCCUAGGGAAGGGUAUGGCAAAUGAAAUUGAAAAGGAACAGCAAAAGUCCCAUAGAGAUAAAGCGGAACCUCGGAUAGAAGUAUCCAAUGAAUAUGCCAUAGCUGCUUCCCGUUUCUAUUUGUCGAUGAUGCCUAAUGCUUUGCAAAAAACUAGUACAUUGGGUAAUGAAACGCCCACGGAUAUUUUCACGCUGAAGGAUCAACUGUAUAAUAUGAAUAUAAGCUAUACCUCACAGAAACUUGAUGAAAUUUUAGACGCUCUUCUCUGGCAAAGGACCAUGCGUAUGGAUAAUUCAUAUGUGGACAGUCUUGUUUCCAAUUCUACAAAACGUCCAACACACAGCGAUGCCUUAGCUUUUGAUAUCCAACGUGGUCGGGAUCAUGGCCUCCAGCCGUAUUAUAAAUACUUGGAAGUUUGCAGCAAUGUGAAAAUAUCUCAAUGGAAUGACCUAAGGCAAUUUAUUGAAAAUGAGGAUAUUGAAAAACUAAAAACUGUCUAUCGAAAUUGGCAAGACAUUGAUUUAAUUGUUGGUGGCAUAUCAGAAAUUCCAGCCAAGGAUGCUGCUGUGGGUCCAACAUUCCAAUGCAUUAUUGCGGAACAAUUUGCCCAAAUUUCUCAACAGGAUCCAAAUAAAAUUGAUGCAUACAAUGAUGAAAUCAACUUAAUAAAUUACAAAUCUAUGACGGGAGCUGAAUUGAUAUGCCGCAAUUCGAAUUUGAAAUUUGUACGGAUGGAUAUAUUUGAAAUUUCAGAGAAAUAUCUCACUUUGAACUGUAAUGAAAAUAAGCCAAAUUAAAUUUUUUUAAAUUUUCGAUAUCGAAAAUAUAUUCUUUGCUGUAAUAAUAUAACGAUGCCAUAAUAGAGUAAUACUAAUAAUAAAUACAUCUUUAAAGAAUAAAAAA